AUGCCGUUCCCACUACCGCUCAACUUUCCAAAGUGGCUCGCCGAGAAUGAGCACCUGCUCCAACCGCCCGUAGGCAACUUUUGCCUCUUCCGCACAAGAGACUACACGGUGAUGGCCGUGGGCGGUCCAAAUGCGCGGUCAGACUACCACUAUCAGCCAACCGAGGAGUUCUUCUACCAGUACAAGGGCGACAUGCUGCUCAAGGUCAUCAACGACGACGGCAAGUUUGAAGAUAUCAACAUUCGCGAAGGCGAGAUGUUCAUGCUGCCGGCCAACACACCGCACUCGCCUGUGCGCUUUGCCAACACCGUGGGACUGGUCGUCGAGCGCACACGGCCAGAGGGUAGCCCAGACGCGAUGCGAUGGUACUGUCCCAACAAGCAAGCACACGCCGACACCCCCACGCUGGUCAAAGAGGUCAAGUUCCAGUGCACCGAUCUCGGCACUCAGCUCAAGCCCAUCAUCGACUCUUGGGUCAACGACGAGGCAGGACGCAAAUGUGCAGAGUGCGGCUACCUCCAAGCUGCGCGCGAACUGCCUGCGUAG